CCAUGUUCUUCCGUGUGUACCUUAAAAGACUGAAACCUUGGACUCAGUUCUUCCACUUUUCUUUCAAUGGAAGACGCGUGGGAAACUUGGAUUUCUUCUUUGGAAAUGGCUGAAGAAGACAAAUCCACUGCUCAAGAUAACGUCCUCUCUGGGAUUUUCCUUGAACCACUAGAUUUCUCAUUUCACAACUCUUCUACCACCACCAUGCUCUCAUACGAUGAUAACAACGAUGAUAACAGUAACAGUAACAAUGUUUUUUCCAUGGGAAGUAGUUGCUAUGGAGAUGCAAGCUUUGAUGAGAGGCAUGGGAAAAUGCUCAAGAGUAAUAGCUCAAGCUCCAUCAUUUCUCAUGAUGUUGCAAACAACAAUGCUUCUUCUUCUUCAGCAGCACCAUCCUCAUCCACCUUCAUCUUGUCCUUUGAAAACUCAACCAUGGAACCUUCUCAUCAUUAUUAUAAUAGACCUAAUGAUCAUGGUGGUUGCCCUAGUUAUGCCCUAUGUUCUUCACUUUUGAGCUCAGAGAAUGACCAUGUCUUGAGCACCCCAAAGCCCAAACAAGGUGCCAAGAAGUAUAGAAGCUCAUCUGAGAUUCAAGAUCACAUCAUGGCUGAGAGAAAAAGAAGACAGGAACUCACUGAAAGGUUCAUAGCACUUUCUGCCACCAUACCUGGAUUGAAGAAGACAGACAAGGCCUAUGUACUAAGGGAAGCAAUGAUAUACAUGAAACAACUUAAAGAGAGAGUGGUUGAGCUAGAAAACCAGAACAAGAGGAAGAGAACAGAUUCAAGAAUAUUGAUAAAGAAAUAUUAUUCCCAAGUGUGCUCAAGAGAAGAACAAGAACAAACCAAGUCUCAUAGAUCAACUCCUCCACUUCCUCAAGUUGAAGCAAGAGUGUUGGAAAAAGAGGUUCUCAUUGGAAUCCACUGCCACAAACAAAAGGACAUUGUGCUCAAAAUCAUGGCUUUGCUCCAAAAUCAUCAUCUUUCUCUUGCUAGCAGCAGUGUGUUGCCCUUUGGAACUUCCACUCUUAAAGUCACAAUCGUUGCUCAGAUGGACGAAAAAUACUGCAUGACAGUGAAUAAUCUUGUAAAAAGCCUGAGACAAGCUCUUUUAAAAAUCACAUGACAUUAAUGUUCCUAAGAGUGUCAAAUAUAUUAAAGUAUUUAUGAGUGUGAGGUUUGCAGAAAUUUUAGUUUUGGCUUCUUAAAUUUCAAUAAGAGAAAAUUAUGAGAAUUUAUGCUUGAUGAUGAUGAUGUAUUGAGGUAUAUGCAGAGGUAUUAUUAAGUAAA